UCUUUCUCUGCACCACCAUGUUAAGGCGUUCAGUCACACAAGUAGGACGCAUAUGGUGUCGUUCUAUGGCUUGCCCGUUGCGGUACUCGACGUCUAGAGUUAUCGUUGAAACCGACACAUACGGUAUACCUCUCAAGCCCACCUGGUCCGUCCAGGAACUGCUGUCUUCCUAUCCAGCUCCGUCGAUAUCACCCGCCACAUUCAAACGGUUACAUGAACUCUCUGCAUUAUUACCGCCCGAAGAGGGCACACCAGAGUAUUCCAAGCUAAAGCACGAACUGGAGGACUUGAUUAAGCUUGUCGAGGCCACGAAGCUGUUCAAUGUGGAGGAGACGGAGAGCAUAGACAUCCCAGACGGACGAGUGAUGGCAGAAGGGUCUGGGAUACCCCUCGAUAGGACACCACGCGAGGACGGGGAUGUGAGAGGCCAUGAUCUGCUUUCAUAUGCUAGUCGUAGCGUGAAUGGGAUGUAUGUCGUUGAGACAGAUCGCUCCAGAUGACACGCUCUUAGAGAGCGCAUAAAUUUGUGCUCUGGUACCAGUUUUGCGGCAUUGUGUACUUAUAAUCAGG